UCUCCCAACUCUGCUUUCUCUCCGUCAAAAUUCUCAGUCUCCGCAUAUAUAAAUAUUCUCUCUCUCUCGUCAAACAUCCCUCCGAAAUUCUUGAUUUCAUCGAAAAUUUUCUUCCUUCCCAGUGUGUAUAUAUCCGUUUAUCGGCAGAUUUUAGGAAGAUUUCGAAUCGGGAUUUUCCGGGAAAAUUUCUCCAUGGGGAUCCUGUGGGAUUCGGUUCUCUUGUUGCUGCUCGUGGGGGUUCUUCUGUUCUUAGUUAGGGUUGUUUUGUUUAAAACUGGAUUGAUUUUCAUGGUGAAGAAGUGGCGGAGAAGGAUCGUUGAUUUGUUUCACGUCUCCCAGUUCUACAAGGUCCCGGAGUUCAACGAGAACAUGCAGGAGAAUCAGUUUUACCGGAAAGUUUGUGCUUACUUGAAUUCUCUCGUUUCUAUGGAGGAUUCUGAUUUCACGAAUCUCUUCACCGGGAAAAAAUCCAACGAGAUUGUUCUUCGUUUCGAUCGUAACCAGAUCAUCGACGAUGAGUUUCUCGGGGCCAGAGUUUGUUGGAUUAACGGAGAAGACGACGACGGAACGAGGAAUUUCGUGUUGAAGAUUCGGAGGGCCGAUAAACGGAGAAUUCUCCGACCGUAUCUCCAGCAUAUACAUACAGUGUCGGAUGAGCUUGAGCAGAGGAACAGGGAGCUGAAGCUGUUCAUGAACGUUGGAACCGCCGGCAACGACGAUGCGACGACGAAGAAGAACGGACGGUGGAAAUCUGCUCCGUUCACGCAUCCCUGCACCUUCGACAAUAUCGCCAUGGAAGCGGAUCUGAAGAACAAGGUGAAAUCCGAUCUGGAAUCGUUCCUGAAGGCGAAGCAGUAUUACAACCGACUCGGCCGCGUCUGGAAACGGAGCUACCUUCUCUACGGCCCCUCCGGAACCGGAAAAUCGAGCUUCGUCGCGGCGAUGGCGAAUUUUCUCAACUACGAUGUCUACGAUAUCGAUCUCUCGAGAGUGAAGGACGACUCGGAUCUCAAGAUGCUUCUGUUACAGACCACGAGCAGAUCCGUGAUCGUGGUCGAGGACCUCGAUCGGUUCCUCUCGGCGAAAUCAACGGCUCUGAGCUUAUCUGGGAUUUUGAACUUCACCGACGGAAUCCUCAACUCGUGCGCCGCCGACGAGCGAAUCAUGGUGUUCACGAUGACCGGGAAGGACCAGAUCGAUCCGGCGGUGCUGCGGCCAGGUCGGGUCGACGUCCACAUCCACUUCCCGCUGUGCGAUUUCACGGCGUUCAAGACGCUGGCGAGCAACUACCUGGGCGUGAAGGAUCACAAGCUUUUCCCACAGGUGGAAGAGAUUUUCCAGAACGGAUCGUCACUGAGUCCGGCGGAGAUCUCGGAGCUCAUGAUCGCUAACCGGAACUCACCGAGCCGAGCGGUGAAGGCCGUGAUAAGUGCGCUCCAGACGGACGGUGAUCGGAGGGGGAUAAUGGCUAUGGGACGGCGGUUGUUUCUCGAUAACGGCUCGAGUUCUCCAACGGCGGAGGAACUUGGAGAAACGAGUGGGCUGUUGUGCGGCGGCGGAGGUUCACCGGCGGUGAAGGAGUUCAGGAAACUGUACGGGCUUUUGAGAAUCAAAAGCAGCAGAAAAUCUCAGUCGUUCGAUCUGGCGCCUUAGAUCAUGGACGGCUGAGGAUUAAGUUUUGAAAGUCAAUUUGACUACGUGGCGUGUUGUGAUUGGAUGAAUGCGUCUAAUGUACAGUGGUUUAUAAGUCGUCAAAGCUUUUUCCCCCUUCCUUUAAUUUUUUUUUCCGCAGAAUUUGUAGGUUACAGUAAAUUUCUUGGAUAUAUAAAAACAAAGAUUAUUCCUUA